CGCAAACCGGCCGCUAUGCAGAUUGACUUGUCUAGCCUCUCGGGCAUCAGGGAACCAGCAAGCGCAACCAACACACUCAUCCUGACGAACCUCCCGGCAGAUGUCUUCAACGCCACAUCGCUCGCACAACUGCGUGAGGUGAUUGAGCAGGCAUGCGAAGCGCCGCAGGCCAUCCGGCAUUGGAUUCCGCUCAAGUCCUUUACGCGCAUUGUCAUUUCCUUCGCCACGGUCGACCUGGCGCGCAAUCUUCGGGCCAGUCUACAAGAGACUGUCGUUUCUGGCCGUCAAAUACGCAUCUUUUACGCGCCAAACAUGGAUGUCUGCGUGACGAACCGGCUCGAGGUACCGCCGCUUGAGCGCAAUUGGCUCAUCUCACCGCCGGGCAGUCCGCCUGUUGGCUGGCAGUCUGCACGCGAAGAUCCACCCAAUGUCGAUGCAUUCGGGCCUGCAUUACGGGAGAAGCUAGAGAGACUACCACUGAUGGUUGCUCAAGCAGACUCGCCUGCAACCUCGGACUGGGAGCCUGAACCCUUGUCGAGGCGGCGGAGC